AUGUUCUUAAAUGCUUGGCUGAAUUUGGGCAGUGACCACCACACCAUAUACAACUUUAAAGGUGCAGGAGAAUCACAGUUACCCCUGCAGAUUGGUGAUGUGGUCCAUAUAUUGGAGUCCUGUGAAGAUUGGUACAAAGGAUACCUAGUAAGACACAAAGGGUUCGAGGGAAUAUUUCCUAAAUCUUUUAUCCACAUCAAAGAAGUUACUGUUGAAAAGAAAAGAAAUACAGAGAACAUAGUACCUGCUGAAAUUCCAUUGGUGCAAGAAGUUACCACUACAUUAUGGGAAUGGGGCAGCAUUUGGAAACAACUCUAUGUGGCAAACAAAAAAGAGCGGUUCCGGCAGGUGCAAUCUAUGAUGUACGACCUAAUGGAGUGGAGGUCACAGCUUCUGUCGGGAACACUGCCCAAAGAUGAACUGAAAGAACUCAAACAGAAAGUCACGUCCAAAAUUGACUAUGGCAACAAGAUACUUGAGCUAGAUCUAAUAGUUAGAGAUGAAGAUGGAAAUAUCUUGGAUCCAGAUAAAACCAGCGUCAUUAGCCUAUUUCAUGCACAUGAAGAAGCUACUAAUAAAAUUACAGAGCGAAUUAAAGAAGAAAUGUCAAAGGAUCAACCGGACUAUGGAACGUACUCCCGAAUCUCCUCAUCCCCCACUUACAGCCUUUACGUCUUUGUAAGAAACUUUGUAUGCCGAAUAGGAGAGGAUGCAGAACUCUUCAUGUCAUUAUAUGAUCCCCAGAAACAUACAGUUAUAAGUGAAAAUUACUUGGUGAGAUGGGGGAGUAAAGGUUUUCCAAAGGAGAUUGAUAUGCUCAACAAUCUGAAAGUGGUGUUCACUGAUCUUGGAAACAAAGAUCUUAACCGAGACAAAGUUUAUUUGAUUUGUCAAAUAGUCCGGGUUGGAAGAAUGGAUCUAAAAGAUAGCAAUACGAAAAAAUGCACUCAAGGAUUGCGUCGGCCUUUUGGUGUGGCAGUUAUGGAUAUUACAGAUACCAUAAAAGGUAAAGUGGAAAGUGAUGAAGAGAAGCAGCAUUUCAUUCCCUUUCACCCGGUGGUGGCAGAGAAUGAUUCUUUGCACAGUCUCUUAGGCAAAGUCACAGCAUCAAAAGGAGACAGUGGCGGGCAAGGUCUGUGGGUAACUAUGAAAAUGCUUGUUGGAGACAUGAGUCAGAUUAGGAAGGAUUACCCGCAUCUUGUUGACAGGACAACAGUUGUUGCAAGGAAGCUGGGAUUCCCUGAAAUAAUCAUGCCAGGGGAUAUAAGAAAUGAUAUUUAUGUUACACUGACUACGGGUGAUUUUGAUAAAUACAAUAAAACAACCCAGAGAAAUGUGGAAGUGAUCAUGUGUGUCUGUGAUGAAGAAGGAAAAGUGAUACCAAAUGCAAUUUGUUUGGGAGCAGGGGACAAACCUGUAAGUGAAUACAGAUCAGUUCUCUACUAUCAGGUCAAACAGCCACGCUGGAUGGAAACAUUAAAGGUGGCAGUCCCCAUUGAAGACAUGCAAAGAAUACAUCUGCGUUUCAUGUUCAGACAUAGGUCAUCUCAAGAGUCUAAAGACAAAGGAGAAAAGAAUUUUGCAAUGGCCUAUGUAAAGCUAAUGAAGGAGGAUGGUACAACUCUUCAAGAUGGCUCCCAUGAGUUGGUAGUAUUAAAGGGUGAUAGUAAGAAAAUGGAGGAUGCCAGUGCUUAUUUGACUCUACCUUCCUCUCGCCAACAUGUGGAGAAUAAAGGAUUGACCUUAAGCCGAAGUGCUAGCAGUGUAGGAGGACUCUCAGUAAGCGCACGGGAUGCCUUUUCUAUUUCAACUCUGGUUUGUUCAACAAAGCUAACUCAAAAUGUGGGUUUACUGGGUCUUUUGAAGUGGCGCAUGAAGCCGGAACUGCUACAGGAAAAUUUAGAAAAACUGAAGAUUGUGGAUGGGGAGGAAGUUGUGAAGUUUCUCCAAGACACUUUGGAUGCCCUGUUUAACAUCAUGAUGGAACAUUCCCAUAGUGAUGAAUAUGACAUUCUAGUCUUUGAUGCACUGAUUUAUAUAAUAGGACUUAUUGCAGACAGGAAAUUUCAACAUUUCAAUACUGUUCUGGAGGCUUAUAUCCAACAGCACUUCAGUGCAACUUUGGCUUACAAGAAACUAAUGACGGUUCUGAAGACUUAUUUGGAUACUUCCAGUAGAGGGGAACAAUGUGAGCCUAUACUAAGAACUUUGAAAGCACUGGAAUACGUGUUCAAAUUCAUUGUUCGGUCAAGAACAUUAUUUUCACAGUUAUAUGAAGGAAAAGAACAAACAGAAUUUGAGGAAUCUAUGAGGAGACUCUUUGAAUCCAUCAACAACCUUAUGAAAAGCCAGUAUAAAACUACCAUUUUGUUGCAGGUUGCUGCCUUGAAGUAUAUACCAUCGGUCCUCCAAGAUGUUGAAACAGUCUUUGAUGCCAAGUUACUUAGCCAACUACUGUAUGAGUUUUACACUUGCAUCCCACCAGUAAAACUACAGAAGCAAAAAGUGCAGUCCAUGAAUGAAAUAGUACGGAGCAACCUCUUUAAAAAACAAGAAUGCAGGGACAUUCUGCUUCCAGUGAUUACAAAAGAACUGAAAGAAUUACUAGAACAAAGGGAAGAGCAACAACUUCAGCUUCAAGAGAAGAAGUACUGUGUAGAAUUACUCAAUAGCAUCCUGGAGGUCCUCAGCUAUCAAGACGCAGAGUCAACUUAUCAUCACAUUCAAGAACUAAUGGUACAACUACUACGCACAGUGAACAGGACUGUUAUUUCAAUGGGGAGAGAUGACACCUUGAUAAGUCAUUUUGUGGCAUGCAUGACAGCAAUCUUAAACCAAAUGGACAACCAACAUUACUCCUUUUACAUUGAAACCUUUCAGACAACUUCAGAGCUAGUGGACUUUUUGAUGGAAACAUUCAUCAUGUUUAAAGAUCUCAUAGGAAAGAACGUUUACCCUUCGGACUGGAUGGCAAUGAGCAUGGUGCAGAACAGAGUGUUUUUGAGAGCGAUCAACAAAUUUGCUGAAACCAUGAACCAAAAAUUUCUGGAGAAUAUGGAUUUUGAAGUACAGCUGUGGAACAACUAUUUUCAUCUGGCAGUGGCUUUUAUUACCCAGGAUUCUCUGCAACUAGAACAUUUCUCCCAUGCAAAGUACAAUAAGAUCCUGAAUAAAUAUGGAGAUAUGAGACGUUUAAUUGGCUUUGCUAUCCGUGACAUGUGGUACAAACUUGGCCAGAAUAAAAUCUGCUUUAUUCCGGGGAUGGUUGGACCGAUCUUGGAAAUGACUCUGAUUCCAGAAGUUGAGCUACGAAAAGCCACGAUCCCAAUCUUCUUUGAUAUGAUGCUGUGUGAAUAUCAUAAGACAGGAGAAUUCAAAAAGUUUGAAAAUGAAAUAAUUUUAAAUUUGGACCAUGAAGUGGAAGGAGGACGUGGAGAUGAGCAAUACAUGCAGCUGUUUGAGUCAAUACUCAUGGAAUGUUCUUCAGAGUAUCGUGACAUUUCCAAGACAGUUGAAAAUUUUGUAAACCUAGUUAAAGGGCUUUUGGAAAAGCUGCUGGAUUACCGAACAGUAAUGAAUGAUGAGAGCAAGGACAACCGCAUGAGCUGCACUGUCAACUUAUUGAAUUUCUACAAAGACAUUAACCGUGAAGGGAUGUAUAUAAGAUACUUGUAUAAAUUGCGAGAUCUUCAUUUAGAUUGUGAGAAUUACACAGAAGCUGCAUACACCCUUCUACUCCAUACCUCGCUCUUGAAGUGGUCCGAUGAACAGUGUGCACCUCAAGUUAUGCAAACAGAAUUCCAGUAUUCACAGACCCAUCGACAGUUGAAAGAGAACUUGUAUGAAAAAAUUAUAGAAUACUUUGACAAGGGAAAGAUGUGGGAAGAAUCAAUAUCCUUAUGCAAAGAGCUAGCACAGCAGUAUGAAAUGGAAGUUUUUGACUAUGAACUUCUAAGCCAGAACCUGAUUCAACAAGCUAAAUUUUAUGAAAACAUCAUGAAAAUUUUGAGGCCUAAACCAGAUUACUUUGCCGUCGGAUAUUAUGGCCAAGGAUUUCCCACAUUUCUCAGGAACAAAGUGUUCAUCUACCGUGGGAAGGAGUAUGAGCGGAGAGAAGAUUUCCAAGCACAGUUGAUGAGCCAGUUCCCAAAUGCAGAGAAGAUGAACACCACCUCAGCCCCUGGAGAGGAUAUGAAAAACUCUCCUGGUCAAUACAUUCAGUGCUUUACUGUGCAACCAGUUUUGGAGGAGCAUACCAGAUUCAAAAAUAAGCCAGUACCCGAUCAAAUCAUAAACUUUUAUAAAUCCAACUAUGUUCAACGAUUCCACUACUCAAGACCAGUCAGGAAAGGAUCUGUUGACCCUGAAAAUGAAUUUGCUUCUAUGUGGAUUGAGAGAACAUCAUUUGUUACAGCUUACAAACUUCCUGGAAUUCUGCGUUGGUUUGAGGUUGUCUCCAUGUCACAGGCAACCAUUAGUCCACUGGAGAAUGCCAUUGAGACAAUGUCCAUGACAAAUGAGAAAAUUUUGAUGAUGAUUAACCAGUACCAGAGUGAUGAAAAUCUUCCCAUUAACCCUCUCUCCAUGCUUCUGAAUGGAAUUGUUGAUCCAGCCGUCAUGGGAGGCUUUGCUAAAUAUGAAAAGGCUUUCUUCACCGAUGAGUAUGCCAAAGACCAUCCAGAGGAUCAAGAGAAGCUGAACCGACUCAAAGACCUGAUUGCUUGGCAGAUACCUUUCCUUGGGGCUGGAAUUAAGAUUCAUGAAAAAAGGGUUUCUGAUAACCUUCGUCCUUUCCACGACCGUAUGGAGGAGUGUUUCAAGCACUUAAAGAUCAAAGUAGAAAAACAAUAUGGAGUCAGAGAAUUGCCAGAUUUCGAUGACAAGAGAGUAGGUCGGCCGAGGUCAAUGCUGAGAUCUUAUCGCCAGAUGUCAGUUAUUUCACUGGCUUCCAUGAAUUCAGACUGUAGCACUCCAGUCAAAAUGGCCUCAGAAAGCUUUGAACUGGAAGUAGCACCACGAAAACCAACCAAAUCAGAGUCAGAAGAAAAUGUCCUGCAGAUAAGCACUCAACCUGAGGUUAAGUUGAGAAGAUCCAAGAAGAGAACAAAAAGAAGCAGCGUGGUAUUUGCAGAUGAAAAAACAGCACCCGAGCUUUCCGAUAUGAAAUGUCUCUCAAGGAAAUAUGAGUUUAUGAGCGACACCAACCUCUCUGAACAUCUGGUAGCACCUCAGAAAACAUCUGUUCUCAAGCAAAUGAGCUUUGCCAGUCGUUCUAUGCCAACUAUACCAGGGUUAACUCUGUCAGUAGUCUGCACCCCAGCUCCUGAUGAAAUAAAUGCAUCACAAAGGCUAAGCCAGCAAAUUUUUCCCUCUACCUCAGAGGGAGAUAAGAAGACCCUGAAAAAAAAGAGAGUGAACCAGUUCUUUAAAACAAAGCGCAUGUCCAAACCACCUGAAGAUGGAAAGCACUCCGGAGAGCGCCAUUCUGAAUCCUUAUCCACAGAGCUGUGAAUUCUUUCACUUACAAAACAAAUCAUUUCCCAGCAAAAAAACAAAACAAAAAUCCCUAAGUGAGAGACUGUUUUUGAGCACUCUCCUUUGAAGAGAAUGGCAUUGACAUAGUAUU